ACACACGACGCCGCCAUCACGCGCCGCGCGCGUCUUUACCGACAUUAGUCUAUAUCGCGACAUUCGACCUUAUUUAUAUUCUCUUAAAGUUUAUUAUUACGUCGGUGUUGUGUCACGAAGUACGAAAUAAUUUUUAAGAAUUCGAGUGAUUUUUAAUCGAUUUUUUUGUGUUGUGAUCGACUUGAAGUGCUUGUGUGAAGGACUUAAUUAAGGAUAUUUAUUAUUUUAGAAUAUACCAAGCGGAGUGAAACUAUGAGAAGUAAUAUACAGUGCUGAUCGUGGUUGUGUAUUGUAUUUAUUGUGUUUGUGUGGUGAGUGAACGCGUUCAAGAUGAUGACCCUGUACAGAACAAUCAAGGGGACCAGUCUGGCGAAGAGGAAGAAGCGAGAAAGAGAAAGCCUAGGCCCAUUUGAGGCUACAAGUGGAGGCGAGAUGGUGUCUCGACGUCGCAUACUGUCGCGCUCCCGCGACGAUCUGUCGCAGGCGUUUACACAGCAGGAGGAAGAAGAGGACGUGUGGUAUCAGAAAGAUAAGCUUUAUAAGGAACACAUACAGGAAGUGCUGGACAAAUGGACACAAAUCGAUGACGAAAUAUGGGCGAAGGUGAUUGUGUUUGAAAAGAACAGACGUGUCGCUAAAGCGUAUGCGCGUGCGCCGGUGCUCACUAUCAACGGAUCUGAUGACGGAUUUGAUGGCAUGAGAAUUGGACUAUGCGGGUUUGACAAUCCACACAGAGACCAGAAGACAGACGAAUUAAAAAGACACAUAGGACAGGGUGUCAAAAUAAAAAUGGAUGAUGCCGGUAACAUACUCAUCAGACGCUACUCCAAGAGUAGCGUGUUCGUGAAGAGUACCGCGGCCACCAGCAACGAAGAAACGGCCAUCGGGCAGGACAUACUCAAACUACCCGGCUACUCGCUGGAGCAGGAGAAAAUAUUCAAGCUAUUCGACAUGAAGAAGUUCCAAUCAAACGUGAACCGUGAGUUACGGCGCGCGUACCCCGACCGCCGGCGAUUGGAGACCCAGUGCCUCAGCGCGAUCGCCUUCGUCAAGUCCGAGAGCGAGCUCCUCGACUGUCCUAUCUGGGUUCUAGUCAUCAACGUCGUCGCUAUGGACAUGCUCAAAUCUAAACUGCCUCCAAUUCAAAGACCGAUGGACAUCAAGAACAGACCACGCAUUCCAAUUCCUGACGAGGAUCCCUACAGUAUUGCGAGCUCCAACGCGAACGGGUCGGGAUCCAGCGGCAGCUCUGGGGGGUACGGGCUUGGUAAUGGACACGUCAAUGGCCAUGGGUGGUGGCCGCCACUAGAGCAACUAAUGAUGCAGAUGGGCAAGGGAGGCGAGAAACCCCCCAAUCUACCGCCGAGGGAGAAUGGAUACGGACCUGCUGAUAUUCCCAAGGUAUGUAGCAUUUCUGAAAUAAAAUAAGUUAGUAGUAGUAAG